GAGAGAGCGAGCGCGGCUUCGGGCGCGCGGGGAGUAGAGGCGGUGGCGGGCGGCGGCGGCACCGGGAGCCGCCUAGUGCCCCUCCCCGCCCCUCCGGCCCCCCACCCACCUACCCGCCCGUGGCCCGCGCCCAUGGCCGCGCGCGACCCAAGCAGCCCCCCGGACUCCGCGCCCUGCGCCGCCGCCCAGCCCGCAGCUCAGCGCCACCGCGGCCGGUCUCACCUGGCGGCGCCGCCCGCCCACCGCCCCGGCCACAGCCCCUGCGCCCACGGCAACAGCCGCGGCGACAGCGACAGCGGUGGGGGACGCUGCUGAGUCGAAGAGAGAGCAGCCUGGACACCGGACCUACUUACUUGCCUUGCUGAUUUGUCUAUUUUUAUAAAAGUUUACAACUUUUCUAAGAACUUUUGUAUACAAAGGAACUUUUUAAAAAAGACGUCUCCAAUUUAUAUUAAUCCAAAGAAGAAGGAUCUCGGGCAGUUUGGGGUUUCUGGUUUUGGCUUCGUUUCUAAGUCUUUUUAAAAUUUUCUUCGUUGAUUUUGGGGUUCGGGUACCCCCGCUGCUUCGGCUCCCAAGGACCUUCUGGGCCCCCACAUUAAUGAGGCAGCCACCUGGCGAGUCUGACAUGGCUGUCAGCGACGCGCUGCUCCCGUCUUUUUCUACGUUCGCGUCUGGCCCGGCGGGAAGGGAGAAGACACUGCGUCCGGCAGGUGCCCCGAAUAACCGCUGGCGGGAGGAGCUCUCCCACAUGAAGCGACUUCCCCCUGUGCUUCCCGGCCGCCCCUACGACCUGGCGGCGGCGACGGUGGCCACUGACCUGGAGAGCGGCGGAGCCGGCGCGGCUUGCGGUGGUAGCAAUCCGGCGCUCCUACCCCGGAGGGAGACGGAGGUGUUCAACGAUAACGACCUUCUGGACCUGGACUUUAUCCUUUCCAACUCGCUGUCCCAUCAGGAGUCAGUGGCUGCCACCGUGUCUUCAUCGGCUUCAGCCUCAUCCUCGUCCUCCCCCUCGAGCAGCGGCCCUGCCAGUGCGCCCUCCACCUGCAGCUUCAGCUAUCCGAUCCGAGCCGGGGGCGACCCAGGCGUGGCACCGGGCGGCUCGGGCGGAGGCCUCCUUUAUGGCCGGGAGUCUGCGCCCCCUCCCACAGCUCCCUUCAACCUGGCGGAUAUCAACGACGUGAGCCCCUCGGGCGGCUUCGUGGCUGAGCUCCUGCGACCAGAGUUGGACCCCGUGUACAUUCCGCCGCAGCAGCCGCAGCCGCCAGGUGGCGGGCUGAUGGGCAAAUUUGUGCUGAAGUCGGCGAUGAGCGCCCCUGGCAGCGAGUAUGGCAGCCCGUCGGUCAUCAGUGUUAGCAAAGGCAGCCCUGACGGCAGCCAUCCGGUGGUGGUGGCACCCUACAGCGGCGGGCCGCCGCGCAUGUGCCCCAAGAUCAAGCAGGAGGCAGUCCCCUCGUGCACCGUCAGCCGGCCCCUAGAGGCCCACUUAGGCGCUGGACCCCCUCUCAGCAAUGGCCACCGGCCGACUGCACACGACUUCCCCCUGGGGCGGCAGCUCCCCAGCAGGACUACCCCGACCCUGGGUCCCGAGGAACUGCUGAGCAGCAGGGACUGUCACCCUGCCCUGCCGCUUCCCCCAGGCUUCCAUCCCCACCCCGGGCCUAGCUACCCACCCUUCCUGCCCGACCAGAUGCAGCCGCAGGUCCCGCCGCUCCAUUACCAAGGUCAGUCCUGGGGAUUCUUAGCUUGGGCUGGGGAGCUCUGCGUGUGCCAGCCCUCCGGGGCUCACAGGAUGUUGCUGACCUCACCUUCUUCACCCCUAGAGCUCAUGCCACCCGGUUCCUGCAUGCCGGAGGAGCCCAAGCCAAAGAGGGGAAGAAGAUCGUGGCCCCGGAAAAGAACCGCCACGCACACUUGUGAUUACGCGGGCUGUGGCAAAACCUACACAAAGAGUUCUCAUCUUAAGGCACACCUGCGAACCCACACAGGUGAGAAACCCUACCACUGUGACUGGGAUGGCUGUGGGUGGAAAUUUGCCCGCUCGGAUGAACUGACCAGGCACUACCGCAAACACACCGGGCACCGCCCCUUCCAGUGCCAGAAGUGCGACCGGGCAUUUUCUAGGUCGGACCACCUCGCCUUACACAUGAAGAGGCACUUUUAAGUCUCAAACAGUGAAUAAGACCCAUACUGCCAAAAGAGAAUUCAGUAUUUUUUACCUUUGACACUGUCUUCCCGAUGAGGGGAGGAGCCCAGCUGGAGCACUACAAUCAUGGUCAAGUUCCCAACUGAGUCCACUUGUGAAUGAAUAAGCAGGAGCAACGAGGAAUCCAAAAGUCAAAAAUCAAAGAACAGAUGGGGUCUGUGACUGGAUCUUCUUAUCAUUCCAAUUCUAAAUCCAACUUCAAUAUUCCUGGACUUACAAAAUGCCAAGGGGGUGACUGGAAGUUGUGGAUAUCAGGGUAUAAAUUAGAUCCGUGAGUUGGGGGAGGGAAGACCAGAAUUCCCUUGAAUUGUGUUUUGAUGCAAUAUAAGCAUAAAGAUCACCUUGUAUUCUCUUUACCUUCUAAAAGCCAUUAUUAUGAUGUUAGAAGAAAAGGAAGAAAUUCAGGUACUGAAAAUGUGUUUUAAUAGCCUAAAUGAUGGUGCUUGGUGAGUCUUGGUUCUAAAGGUACCAAACGAGGAAGCCAAAGUUCUCAAACUGCUGCAUACUUUGACAAGGAAAAUCUAUUUUUGUCUUCCGAUCUACAUUUAUGACCUAAGUCAGGUAAAUACGCCUGGUUUACUUUAACAUUUUUAUGCAGACAGUCUGUUAUGCACUGUGGUUUCAGAUGUGCAAUAAUUCGUACAAUGGUUUAUUCCCAAGUAUGCCUUUAGCAGAACAAAUGUUUUUUCUAUAUAGUUCCUUGCCUUAAUAAAUAUGUAAUAUAAAUUUAAGCAAACUUCUAUUUUGUAUAUUUGUAAACUACAAAGUAAAAUGAACAUUUUGUGGAGUUUGUAUUUUGCAUACUCAAGGUGAGAAUUAAGUUUUAAAUAAACCUAUAAUAUUUUAUCUGAA